AUGCUCGUUGAAUGUAUCGAACUACUGAAUACCUACAUCGAAAAGCACUUACAGAAAAACAGCACUGAUAAAGUAUUUGAGAAGUCUCCCUACUUAAUGUCUAGCCUUCUACUAUCUCUGGCAAGGAACUACUCUGCGGCUUGUGCUGGUGACGCAAUCACAUCCAUUCUGUUGAAAUGCCAGAGCAACGUUAAUGACUGGCUCGAAGGCAUACUGCGUCCGUUGGCCAACUUCCUGCUCCAUGGUCUCAUCUCCUGCUCCACCGAGAAGCAGCUAAGAGGGCUGACAGAAACAGAUAUCCAUUCAGUGACUAAACUGCGACUCCACAACUUCUUUUUGCAUUGCGCAAAAUCUCCCUUUGCGAACCUUCGUGCGGGCAACUUCUACCUCGACGCUUGGGAUCCCCCGUCUACAGAAAACACCCCGUUUAUCCUGGAGCUCAUCAAUCACCUGGUCUUUCUACUUGAAAUGAAAUGCCAGUUCUCAAGUCACGUCAGUGAUCAUCGUCUCACAAAUCCGAAACUGGUUGAAGCAGCUCUGGAACACAACAGUGAUAAAAUACGAGCAGAAGCCUGCAGAGCGCUAGCGCAAAUAGUUGUUAAGCUUCCACCGGCAGUAAAUCCGCAACCUUUCCUUCACCGAUCGGUUCUUCGGGGAGUUUCAAGCCUGCUUUCCUCGACCCACCCUGCUGCUCGCGACAUGGCAAUUCACGCCUUUUUUGAAAUGGCUCUUUUCAUUCGUAACCGUAGCGUCUCAUCCAGCAUCGAAGACGCCAACUCCUUUGACGUUCCCCGUGGGUGUCAAGUUAGCGGGUAUCCCGAUGUUUCGGAGGUGACGUUUGACAAUGUUCCAGUGGAAUCCUAUCUGCAUGCAAUGGGUGAUAUUUAUCGAUUUGCGGCCGGAUUGUGGUCCUGCAAUUACGGAAAUCUUGAUGCUUUCCUUGAAAAACAGAUAUCUGGGUUGACACCUUUCCUACGAGAUUUGGUGUUCCAUCCUAUGCUUCCGCCUGGUAUGCCGUAUCAGCGACAAAAAAUGCUGAUAAGUCUUAUCAGCUGUCUAUUUGAGCUGUCCUACAUUGAGAAUGAUUCCAGGAAAAUCGGUAAACGGUUUGGGUUCGAGCCAUGCACCCAGCGGACCCUGAAGCAAAUUUUGACUCACUUCGUCAGCACAUCAGGAUUCCCUUCCCUCUAUGAAAAGACCACUUGGCUGCAACUGAUAUCAUCACUUCCACAUACCAAUCCAGAGAUCCAGUGCAGUAUUGUCAAUAUCCUUACCACCUACUGGUCCCCUACUUCAGCGGCAUGGUUAAAUAGCGAAAUUCACGCCGACCUAAUCCAGCUUGCCGAGACCUGGUGUGAUCUGCACUCACCUGAAGGCUACACUGCAGGGGCGGCACUGUUGCAGUGGCUUUUAACCUCAGUGCUCUCCUCAAGUGACGUCUCUCAAGUAACCUCAAGACUUCUUGCAAGCAUGCGCGAUCUGUGUGAUGCCAUACCUAUUAUAUGCGAUAGUACGGAUGCACAAAUGCAUCAGCGAUUAAUUGAGAGGAUAUUGACGAAACCAGGCCACGGAUUUUUGGCGGCUGCAGACCGCAUUUUGUCCUGGUAUGUCGUCAGGUCAAAGUUCCCGCAAUCUAUUUUCAUUCAAGCUCACGAGCUGGAUGAUGAUGUGAGUCGCUUGGGUAACCUUCUCAGCCCCGAGUUGGUUAAACACUGCCUCCACCUUUCUAGCGCCUGUCUGGCCCUUAUGGGGUGCCCUUGGUCGCAUCAGAACAAAGAGGGGACCAGUCUGUCUUCUGUUGUUUGCGGGCUUGAAACAUCGUCCUUCGAAACUCUUGGUCGAACCAUCCUCGAUUUGGCUCGACAGGCUCAAACUACAAUAAAAACCCCUUCGGAAUCAGAAAGUGCUCAUGAAAUCUGGGAUUCUUUAACUUCUACGACUGCACUCUUCCCUGAGUAUCAGCACAUUCUUUCAUGGGCUUGGCAUAAUCUCGAGAUAACCUCAAGUAUAUUAUCUAAAUGGGUUCACUUUCGUGUCCUGUUGGCUCUAAUUCGCGGAGAACCUUUGGAUGAUUUAGCACGGCAAUAUUUUACACUCGUGGGCAAGCAGCUGAUACGAAUUCUCAUGUCCUGCCGUCACAAGGGAACGGUGGAAGCAGUUCAUCAGAGCUUGCAAGAUUAUCUCACCAUCUCAGAGUACUUGAGCCAACAUUUCCGAACUGUCACAGCGAAGCAGGAUCAGUUGCAAAGCAUCCUUGAUUUGUUAAUUCGGCCAAAUCAAGUGAUUGACGUCUGUUUGUCAGCCGUCAGGGAUUGUAAGUUCUCCGUUACCAGGCGUUCAGCUGGUCUGUGGCCGGCUUCAAAAGCAGCAUUAAUGGCCGAAUUGGUUGCCUCCCCAUUAGAACAGCCUCUUCUUCAUCGAUGGCUAUCAUCUCUCCUCGACAUCUCUUGUUCCACUGGAUCUACCGAGGCUGGGGAUCCAGAGAAAUACGACCCGCCGCGUGCCCUCGCGUUGCAUCUCAUCAAGGGGAUCUUUGAGGAUGCCCGACUGGGACCAGUGGCCUUUGCGUCGGUUCCGCCAGAAGACCGAGGUGGUGAUGACUGGUUGACUAUUCUCGCCUGUAAGCUCGCACUUCCUGGCUUCGCCGCCUCUCAGUGGACAAUAGCGAAUGGCUCACUACAAUUGUUUGCAUCUAUAGUGAAGCGUCUAGUCGGUCCAGUGCACACUCGCCCGGGGACGACUAUUGCCGAAGUGUUUGGUCGCUAUCCAGCUCUGUUUGACGCUUUCGUGACGACCCUCUCGUCGCUGCAUUCCGCCGAAGGUUGGCAGAGAUGUGCAACGGCCAAAGUCGUGGUGCCUCUGCUUGGUUUGCUGUCACGUCUUCAACCGUCUCCAAAUGCUGCUUUUUCUGAGGAACGACAAGCCGAAAUGCGGUGCAGCCUUCAGCCCUUCUUGGCUCAUCCCGUGGCCAAGAUUCGUCAUCUGGCAGCCGAGUCCUUCAUCCCGUUCUGCUCGUCCGCCCACGUGACUGCACAGGCUGCUCUCCUCGCGUCCGUGGGCCCACUCACGGGCCUACUUAAGACGGAGCACAAGCUAACUGCGUGCCGCUGCGCAAACGCGUGCAGCGGUCAGCUCUACGCGAUCAGUGCGUGGCUUCGUCAGGCUCCGACUAGUGGGGAAGCUGUUGUGCGCGUAAGAAAACUUGAAUGGGGUGUUGCUUUACGAUACCUUGCGAAAUGGACCUCGCGUGACCGUGCGUGCUGGUUUCUGGCUGCUCAGUUGGCCAGCGUCAUGCGAUGCAUCUUCGAGCUCAUUCCGAACUCUGAAAAGGGGAAGUAUCGCACAGUCUUUUAUUUCUUCUGUGAGCGUCUCCAGAAGCAGAGCUAUCCCAACGGAUUACUUUUCCAGCCUCUUUUCUCGGAGUUCCAUUCGGCCUUUUACGAUCUCUACCACACAAUCCAUGACUUCCAGCCCCUGAUUACUAAGUCCGUCGAUAUCCCAUUCAUAUUCCAAAGCACACCCGAGGAGGUAGUUCUUACGUCUCACCUUUUAAGUAAUAUCCAUUAUGGAGCACCCCCGGACCUUGCUCAUGUUCUCUCCGGGACCGUCCUGUCCACCACUUUACUGUCGCUGGCGUUAGAUCGGUCCGUUUGGAAGCGCCCGGAGGAUGGCAUAGACCUAAGUUGUCUUGAGAGGUUAACCUCCUGGCCGCUCACCGAUGGCCAGAAAAGUCUUUUGCUACCCGGGAUCCUUCUAGCCAUGGCUCCUCUUGUUGGGGUACUCGCUCGCAUCCGAGAAGCCAGCAAAUUCGUCACGUGGUGGUUCGAAAAUAUGCAGCCUUGUCUUUCCGUGGCCAGCGCCAACCAGCAGUCCAGAAUAACUGCCUCACAAGCUCUCCUCGUUUGGCUCAACACCGGUGGUAAAUCCUGCUUGAACGGCCUUUCCGAAAUUCAGUUGGCUAAUUUGCUUCGUUUGGUUCUCUGCGGUCUCUUUGAUGAAUGUUAUGAUGUGCGCGAGACCACUGGACGAGUGGUAGCACUUUUGCUUGACUUGCAACACCCAGUCUGUCCCUCUAGAGGGGCUCACCUCCUCCUCUUCGAUCUUAUGCCUUCACUCCUCUCUCGCCCCGUAGAGUGGCUCAUAGAUUUCUAUCAGCUACAACUGGACUCCGUUAUUGAUCGAGCUGAUACUAUGAUCAAACUCCGCGCUAUGAACGUUCUCUAUGAACCGGAUGAAGCCAACCCCUAUUUUGACGUUCAGUUCGUAAUUAUUCUGCUACUUUCUGCGCUAAGACAUUUCGGAGCGUCAGAUAAGGUAGUCAAAUCGAAAACUGCCUCAGCACUUGGUCGCCUCAGUGAAUGUGUCAAAGAAAAAUGCGACUUCCGCUCUGCCACACUUGCCUCCCACUUACCAGCGCUUUAUCAAGUAGCCCUGGCGACGCAACUGACAGACCGAUGUUGA